AUGCGGGGUGAGAAGACGCUGGGGGCCCUGCGCCAGAGGCUGCCACCGAGCAGCUCCGAGCUCUGGGAUCGGCUGUUCUCUGGAACGUUCUCCCUGCUGCCGUCGCUUCCUGGGGCUGCUGUGACAAAACGCCCCGCGCCGGAUGACUCUUGCACCUCUGGGGCUGGAAGUCAGCCCAGGUGGCGGCGGCCGCGCCCAUCCAGAGCCCCGGCCUCCUGGCUGGAGGCUGCUUCGCGCCAGCCUCUGCCCCGUCCUCACGUGGCUUCUCCCCCGCCCCCGGGUGUCCCUCAUGGGGACCCCACCACUGAUGUCCUGGGCCUGCACCCCAGACCCGAGAAAAACCAAGUCAGUCGCGGCUCUCGUGCCCCUCUGGGCUUCUCCUCCAAUGCAGAGUCAGAAGUGGAGCACUCGGGGAUCCAGGCCCGACCCCCGGCCGCCCCUCUGGGGGCUUUGUUCAGAAUCGUCUUCUCGGCGAGGCCCCCUGACCCUGGUUUCUACCUGCAGCCCCCACGCCUGCCCCGUCCCCUUCCUCCAGCGUCCCAUCCACAGGCAGGUGUUUCCUGCGUCGUCUGUGUCGUCAUCCCCCCCGCUGGCCUCUGGUCACUGCUCCCUGUCACGCCCUCGGCGUCCGGAGCAGCGCUGGCCCGGGGUGGACGCCCCCCGGCCCGGGACUGCGAGCGCUGCCCGCUGAGGCCGCGCAGGGAGGGACGUCUGAGCACAUCGCUAGACUCCAGGUCUGUCGUCAUAGCCGCCGUCAAAUGGGGAAGCCAAGGCCCAGGGGAGGGAGUGGCCUGCCCAGGCCACCAGAGCUGGACCCCGGGACAUGAGAUGGACCCACGGGUGGCCCUUGCUGAUGGGCCGGGGCUCCCGGCGUCCGAGCUCCCUGGGGACGGCAGGCCCUGGGCGCUGCAGGCCUUGCACCCCUGCCCCAGCUCCAGGCCGGUCUCUGGCACCCCUGCCCUUGGCCUGGCCUCCUGGGCAGAGCAGACAGGAGCCCCCACCACAGGGGCCCCCCGGCUGCUCAGGGCCCGGGGGACCCCAGGGGAGCAUCUGUGGAUGCAGAGCUGCCCGGCUCAGCCGAGUCCCCAGGGGCAGCCAGGGCCAGACCCGUGGUUAACCAAGAAGGACCCCAAAGGGAAGAGGGACCCCCAGAAGUCCUUCCCAGCAGCAACAAAGGGCUGGAGACUGGACCCCCCGCUGCGCUGCUGCUCCGCCAAACGCCCUCCCCAGAGUGGAACGAAGCUGCUGCCGUGCACCCCCCAGCUGUGGGCCCGAAUCUCUGGGCCGGCCCCGCCCGGCCCAGCUGCCCCAUCGCGGCUGGGAACUUCCUCAAAAACGGGUCCCCUUCGCCAGGCCGCCCACGGGGGUUUCCUCGCCAUCAGCUCCUGUCCUCCCCGCCCUGCCCACCGCCCCUCCGUGCUUCAGGACAGCCCCCCAGAGCCCCUGUCACACAGCCCCAGCCCUGGCCGCCUCCUGACCCCAUCGAGCCCCGCGGGGGGCUCCCCCACUCCAGCAGGGACCCGGGGCACACACCCCACUCCCGGAUCUCAGUGGCUUCGCCCCAGGGGUCCCCGGGUGGUUGCUGUCAUCUUGGCGUUUCUCCAGCCCCAGACGGACAGACAGACAGCUGCCCGAGGACACCAGUUGGCACGGGGCCAUGGGUCAGCCCCACUGUCUCCUGCCAGCAUCGGGGGCGCCGAGCACCCGGGGACACCCCGAUUCCCCCGGCCUGGCCCUCGGCCCGGGCUCCCAGCCAUGCGGAGUGGGACGUCCCCACCCCGUGCGGGGCAGGUGCAGGGUGGCCGCCGUUUCCUCUCAAAACCCGAAACUGGCAGGUGCUUCCCUGCCACCGCCCGGGAUGGGGCCCUGCAGCCUGCAGCCCCCCACUCCGCCCAGAGACCCCUCAGUGACACUCCCAGUGGGACCCAACUCAGUUUCCCUCCUGUGGACGGCAGCCGUGACCCUGCCCCGGGGCUGGGGGUGCAGGUGUCGCAGAGCUCAGACCCCCGACCCCACGCGCCGCACGUCCUGGGCUCUGGGCGUCGCCCCUGCUGGCCCCGUGGGAGCCCGAAAGGGAGACACGCCCGGGGCCCAGGGCCCGCCCAGGCAUGGCCAGAGAGCGUGAUGUGGUCCUAA